CUGGGAUACAACUUGCUUUGCUGUUAUAGUGGAAGGAAACUGACGUAACUGAACGUCGCAAAAUAAUAUAGCUUCAUUUUUAGACUCCAAGUUAAGGAAUGAAACGGUUUGACACGUGGACCUGGUAACGCGACUGGUCGUUUGAAACUUAUUUUGUGCUUAAUUAUUUGUCGGUGUUCAUUUUUGACAAAUAGCACAGAAAAGGAAGCGCGAGUAAAGCGGAUACACGCGAGUGUAAAGCGGAUACACGCGCGACUCUUCCGCACCGGAAACUCUCGAAAACUUCUACAUUUUUGGAGAUUUGUCUUACACGAGAAGAAUCUGAUGAAGAAUCUCAUGAAGGAACAACCGAUUUUCACUGUUUUCAAACUGAGUAUAAAGUAAAAAGAACCGCCGUCCAAUGGCUUCUCAGGGGCCGGGACGCAGAAGAACUCCGAACAGAACCGCAGUGACUCCAGAGGAAGAUGCGCUGAAUGUAAUAGCACGAGAGGCAGAGGCCCGACUUGCAGCUAAGAGGGCCGCAAGGGCAGAGGCUCGUGAAAUCCGCAUGAAGGAGCUGGAGAGACAACAAAAAGAGAUAUUUCAGGUCCAGAAGAAGUACUAUGGUCUGGAAAACCUGGAAAACAAAUGGGGGGACAUUGAGCAGUGGAUGGAGGACAGUGAGCGGUAUACACGCCACUCAGAGAGACAUGUUUCGGUGUCAGAUGAUGAAGAUUGUAUGUCAUUGGGGAGCAAAACCAGUGUGCGGUUGGAUUUGGAGUCAGUUGAUUCACAGAUUGGGCUAUCCCAUACAUCUUUAUUUAAUUCUCACAAGAGCACAAAGAAGAAGAAAAAGAAGAUGAAGAUCUCUUCUGAUAUUAGUAACGGCAACGACAAUGAUUACAGAACAAAUUCCAGUCGGGGAUCUUUAUAUGAAAACAGUCUCAGCAGUACAUCUCUGCGCUCCAGUAGUCAUACUUUGUCAGAGUAUAGUGGCAUUUUGGUCUCAAGCACCAGAGCAUCAUCCAGAGCGAGUUCCAGAUGUGCUAGCCCAGUGGAAAAUAGCAGCAGUUCAGUGGCCAGUUUUUUACGAAAGGCAGGUAGCAGCAGUGGCCUCAGAGACUUGGAUCAUGUGACCGUUCCUGAUCUGCCAAAUUUGGAUGAUGGAUUGGACAGAGAUUUUUUUGAAAAGGGUUCCUCUCGAGCAUCUACUCUAUCCACUGCUACUCUGACUUCACUGGGCGGGGCUUCCUCGCGCAAAGGAAGUGGCAGUUCAUCUGUCACUGCAGAUACUGAGACAUCCUUGCAGGAUAUUAAGGAGAUUCAUGAACUUAAGGAUCAGAUCCAGGAUGUUGAGGCCAAGUACAUGCAGAGCCUCAAAGAACUCAAGGAUUCUCUGUCAGAGAUGGAGGAGAAAUAUCGCAAGGCCAUGGUGUCCAAUGCGCAGUUCGAUAAUGAGAAAUCUAAUCUGAUGUAUGAGGUGGACACUUUGAAAGACUCGCUGAUAGAGCUGGAAGAGCUUCUGGCUGAGACCAGGCGAGAGUGUGAGGAGAAGAGUAAGGAUUUGGAGCGAGAGAAGCAUGCCCACAGUAUACUGCAGUUUCAAUUCAAUGAGCAAAAGGAAACACUGAAGCAAAGUGAAGAGCUGCUGACUGAGAUCCGUCAAUUACACGUCAAACAAGACAGCUUUGUUAGGGAGAUUUCUGACCUACAGGAAACUAUUGAAUGGAAGGAUAAAAAAAUUGGGGCCUUAGAGAAACAGAAAGUGUAUUCUGAUGCUAUUCGAAAUGAGCGGGAUGAGCUCAGGGAUGAGGUGGUUCAACUCAAAGACAUUUUAAAGAAACAUGGCAUUGUCCUUGGACCAGACCUGUGCGCCAAUGGGGAAGUAGAAGGAAAUGUGAGUGGUGGAUCUGCAAGCAGUGAACUGCAACAUGGGAGCAGUGUAUUAGGCACUCAGGAGUUGCAGCUGUUUAGAGAUGAAAAUAUAGGGAGCCCCAGAGGUGGCCAGUUCCAACACCCACAGGAGUUUGACCAUGGAGUUCAAGAGAAUCACCUGCCUCCAUCUGCCUCUGCCAGUUCUUCUGAAUCUCCUGUAGUAGCACAAUAUGUGGAUGGGGGUCUUGUAAAUGAUUUAAAUGACAGCAUAGAGAAAAUUCAAAACAACAUUGAAAAACCCCAGACUGUGUUUGAGGCUGAAGCAGGGGAACAAGUUGGGGGGUGUAUUAUGGAAGAUAUGAGGACAGAUCAGCAAGAGAUUCCACUGUAUAAUAAAAUAAAUGAGACUAUAAAAGAGGGAAAUCAUGAUUCCACAGAAAACUUCCCAACUGAGACAUCAGAAAAAGAUAUAGGCCACCUAGAUGAAACUGUGAUUGGAGAUUCUCAGAUUAAAACAGUUCCUGACAGUUCACCAUCAGCAAAAAUAGAUACAAUAAAUAGUUCCAAAAGUGCCAGUGUUUCAGGAAAAAGAAAGAAGAAAAAAAAGAAAAAUAAACAGAAACAAAAGCAGAUCUCUGAUGAAAAAGCAGUACACUCAGAAAUGGGGGAUGAGAUUGACAAUCAACUCACAGAGAGUAGUUACAUUCAGACAGUAGAGGAAAACACUGUCUGUUCAGAGGAAGCAAUAAUAAAUGAGAAAGUACCAGAUAGUGUGAAUGUUGAUGAAAAAAUAGGCCUUAUGUGCAAAGGAGCAGAGUCUGAAGAACUACAAAGCCCUAAAACUGGCCCUGGAAACAUUUUAGGACCAAUCAUUAAUCAGACUGAUGGCACUGAUUCCAUCCGAACUGUAGACUCCAAAACAGAAAUUAAGAUUGAUGUCCCUACUUAUGACAGUCCAUUGGACAUAACUACUGGAGAGUUUAAUGCUUCUGUUGGCAAAUACAAAAUCUUAAGCAACACUGAUGACACUGAGCUGAAAGACAUUGUUACCGUCUGUGCUGAUUUCCCUAAAUCUGGUUGUGAGUUUAAACCUGAGAAAGAGGAAAUUGAACCUAUUUCAGAUGUAAUAAAAAUGGAAGCAGGUGAAGAGAUUAUUCAUUUUGAAGAAACAAGCACCCUUGCAGAAACAUCGACAGACACACAGCUGGAUGAUGCUGUAGUUACAGCUGAUGCACCUGAAAAGAAGGAGGAAACAUCUUCAGACAUGCAACUGGAUGAUGCUGUAGUUACAGAUAAAGUACCUGAAAACAAGGAGGAAGAAACAUCUUCAGACACACAGCUGGAUGGCUCUGUAAUUACAGCUGAUGUACUCAAAAAGGAGCAAGAAACAUCCACAGACACACAACUAGAUGAUGCUGUAGUUACACCUGAAGCACUCAAAAAGGAACAAGUAACAUAUAAAGACACACAGCUGAAUGCUUUAGUUACAGAAGAAGUAGCUGAAAUGGAGCAAAAAAUAUCUACAGUCACACAGGUGCAUGAUGCUGUAGUUACAGUUGAUGUACCUGAAACGGAGCAAGAAACAUCUAUAUAUACACAGCUGGAUGAUGCUUUAGUUACAGAAGUAGUAUCUGAAAAGGAGCAAGAAACAUCCACAGACACACAGCUGAAUAAUGCUGUAGCUACAGAUGAAGUAGCUGAAGAGACACAAGAAACAUAUACGGAAACACAGCUAGAUGGUGCUUUAGUUACAGAAGAAGUAGCUGAAAAGGAGCAAGAAACAUCCACAGACACACAGCUGGAUGGUAUUAUAGUUACAGAAGAAGUAGCUGAAAAGGAGCAAAAAACAUCCAAAGAGACACAGCUGGAUGGUGCUCUAGUUACAGAAGAAGUAGCUGAAAAGGAGCAAGAAACAUCAACAGACACACAGCUGAAUAAUGCUGUAGCUACAGAUGAAGUAGCUGAAGAGACACAAAAAUCAUCCACAGACACACAGCUGAAUAAUGCUGUAGCUACAGAUGAAGUAGCUGAAGAGACGCAGAAAUCAUCCACAGACACACAGCUGGGUAGUGCUUUAGUUACAGUAGAAGUAGCUGAAAAGGAGCAAGAAUCAAAGGAGCCAACACACUUAGUUCAGGAAUUCAAAGUAGAACAGGAUGAAACUGAGUUUAAGUAUGGAGAAUCUUUUGAGUUAAACAUAGAUGUUAUGAGGUCCGAAGGAAAUUUGCUUAGAGAUCCCGAGUGUCAUCAAGAACACAUUAUUCCUGGGUGUGCAGCACAGAAUUGUACAACCAGUAAACCACAAGAGCUUUCAGAAGAUGGACAUGAAGACCGCAAGCAACAGACAGAUGAACAGAAUAUCUCAACAGAGAGAGACGAGGGUGUGACUGUGGAGCAUACUGCCCCAACAGGGGGCAAUCAUAACAAAAGUCAGCAACAGUCUUUAACAGGAUAUGAAGAACAAGGAUUUGAAGGUCAUGAAGAAAUGGUACCUUUUGACCACAGUGAAAGAGACAAGCAGGAAACAAGUCCAGCAAAUGUUGGUCUUCAAGAAACAGGUCAGAAUAUGAGAGAGCAGGAAAUCAGAGACGUCAAAGAAGGUGCAUGUGAAAGAAACAAGGAGGAUGCAAAAAAUGGCUCCAAAAAGGAAAUCAAGAAAGGAAAGGGAAAGAGUAAAGAGGACUGCAAAAUGUCCUAGUAGCCAUAGAAAAAGUGCUCCAUAAAAGUAGAAAAUGUCUUAAAAUGUCUUAGAACCCAACUAAAUCACACUUCAAUGAAAAUUUGUUUGAAAAGCUUCUUAUCGUGAAUAAUGACAUAAAUGCAGAAAAAUCAUAAAGUGCAUAUUAUAUUUAUUAAAUCUAGACCAAAAUUAUAUUUAAGAAUGGAAUAAUCCUGUCUUUGAAGCACUUAUCUUACCACCCAUUAAAUGUUCUGCUGUAUGAUCGGUAUGUAAGCCAGGAGUGUGUGAGAUGUAGACAUUUCUAAAAAUAUCAGACAGCAGAUUUGUUAAGGCUUGUUUAUUUUGCACUAAAGUUCACACAAUGUUUUAUCUAUAAAGAUUUUGCAUUUGCUUUUCACCUUUUUACACAUAAUGCAAUAAUUAUAAUAAAAAAUGUUUUUUUUUUCUAAGAUUUUUCAGGGACUUUUGGCUUUUCACAUUAUAUUGAUUUGUUUUUUAUUAAAUGUCCCAUAGAGAAGAAAAGUUUUAGGGUUGUUUAACAUUCCAUUCACUGAUAACACUUUUCAGUCUGAAACUUUCUGUAAGCAAUGUCAAAAGUCCCGGGAGAUUGUAUGGCAAUGAUGGAAGACCUUUAAAAUAAAGUAUCAUUAAUUUAA